AGGGGAGUAGUUUUCUAAGAGUAGCUGGAGAUCUUCUUCUGAACUGUGAAGUGACUCCACCAGGGAACCUAAAAAGAGGGAAAGAGCGGGACAAGACCAUGCUGGGUUGUGAGGGUGAGGCGGUGGUGCGGCGGUGGCUGACCCUGGUCACAGGACUGCUGGAGUGCCUGUGUUUUGCGGGGGUCGUUUUUGGCUGGGCCUCCCUGGUGUUCGUCCUGAAGACGGAAGGCUACUUCAGCUACCUGUGUGUCAACACUACCGGGGUCAAUGGAACACUAUUCCUAGACUGCAGUGCUCAGGAUGAACAGUUCUCCCUCAUCUUCACUAUCGCUUCCUUCAUGAACAACUUCUUGCUGCUGCCCAAUGGCUUCCUGUUCGACCGUUUUGGCACCAUGGUGACCAGGCUGCUGGGAAUAUCAAUGUACACCUCUGGUGCCUUGUUUGUGGCCUUCUCAAGUUCAGCUCUGUCCGUCCUCCUCUUCCCGGCGCUGUCCUGCAUCUCUGUGGGAGGCAUCUUGUUUCUGGUCACCAACAUGCAGAUAGGCAACCUGUUUGGUUCCGCUCGCUCCACCAUCAUCACCCUCUACAAUGGUGCCUUCGACUCCUCCUCCGCACUCUUCCUCAUCAUCAAGCUGCUAUUUGAGGCUGGGAUCUCUCUGCGUGCCUCUUUCCUCUUCCUGGCUGCGUGUGGCGUCAUCCACCUGGUCAGGACCUUCCUCCUGCUACCCAGAACACACAUCCCCUACCCCCUCCCUGAGGGCUACCACCUACGGGGUAGGAACACAUCCCCUACCCCCUCCCUGAGGGCUACACCUAGGGAACACAUCCCCUACCCCCUCCCUGAGGGCUACACCUACGGAAUAAACUGUGGCCAGACCAAGACCUUCAGCCCGGAGCAGACAGCAGCAAUUGCCAGCGUGCAGAGUGAUGAUGUCACGGAGGAAACGCCUUUUAACAAUGAGAGCGCAGAGAAAGUGGCUACUUUCUGGGAGUGUUUCCUGUCCAAGUUCUUCCUCUGGCACCUGGUGUGGUUAUCUGUCAUGCAGCUGAGGCACUACCUGUUCAUCGGCACCCUCAACCCCAUGCUGCAGAGACUGACCCAGGGAGAACCCUCUCUGGUGAGCACAUACACCAAUGCUUUUGCUGUAACCCAGCUUUGUGGGGUGCUGUGUGCCCCCUGGAACGGCCUCAUCAUGGACCGACACAAGGGCAAGCCCAGGGCCCCAGGGGCAGACCUGCGUGCAUCAGUGCUCUCCCUAACACUGACGGCGCUGCAGUGUGUCCUGUUCUCCAUCUGUGCCUACCCCUUCCUCCCCCUCCAGUACCUCACCUUCAUCCUGCAGGUCCUCAACCGAUCCUUCUAUGGAGGCAAUGCAGCCUUCAUCAGCAUUGCUUUUCCUCCGUGUCACUUUGGGAAGCUGUAUGGUAUGAUCAUGGCUCUGUCUGCAGUGGUGGCUCUGCUGCAGUACCCCUGCUUUACCCUGGUCAAAGGAGUGCUGGAGGAGACCCACUAUACGUGAACAUAGCCCUGCGUUACUCAGCCUGCUGGCUUCAUCCAUCCUGUCUGUGUCUAUCUGCACUGUUGUGGCCUAGCAGCCCAGAGGGGUAAACCCAAGGCACCUCCCUCCCGCUC